GUGUUGGUACCCUGAGGGCUAAGGCAAAGUGCCGGGCUGCAAGGGUCUCUGAGGCAAUUAACUCCUAUAGGCUGCGGAGUAGGGAAGAGAAGCCCACUGGUACAGUCCACGGUCUAUCGCUUUGGCCCCGACAAAUUACACUGGGAAAACAGGGUGGGAAAGCGCGGCCUCCGCAGCCGAAAUGACCAGUCUUCCAAGAUGGCGGCUCCCGUAGAGGCAAUCCCAAGGGGACAGCCAUGUUCCUUGCUUGACAAAAAUCACUGAAGAAAAUUGGAAAGCCCGCCUCUCCUCUGACACUCACGCGCACUCACGCACUGAUGCCGACUUUCCUGGAGCCUCCGCAGAGUCCCAGGACCAGAACGCUUAGUGGGGACUGCAGGAUCUUCCUUCCAACCAGGCUCACCUGUGCCAGCAGCCCAGGGUGAACCCACAGAUGUCAGUCCAGCUUCAAGUUCCUGGGAAGGGUCAAGUCAUCAGCAGGAGAGCCUAAGGGUCCAGCAUGAACAUGACAGCCAAUGGAGAAUCUCUCCAAUCGUCCCUGGCCCUGGCUGUAGAGGAACAUGGCAGCUCGCUUGAGGUAUCCGUAUCAUUGGAGGAUGUGACUGUAAACUUCAGCAGAGAGGAGUGGCAGCAUUUGGACCCUGUUCAGAGAUGCCUGUACUGGGAUGUGACACUGGAGAACUACCACCACCUGAUUUCAGUGGGGUACCAAGUUCCAAAACCAGAAGCCAUCUUCAAGUUGGAGCAAGGAGAGGGGCCGUGGAUACUGGAAGGGGAAGCCCCAUGUCAGAGCUGCUCAGGUGCAGAUAUUAGGAAAACUCAAAGGCAGGAAAUUUCUGAAGAAGUUUCAUUCCACUGUGAGAGAUUUGGUCAACCCACAGGAGAAGAUUCAUUGUGUUCCAUCUUGGAAGAACUGUGGCAAGAAAAUGACCAAGUAGAGACAUUUCAGGAAAACCAGAUGAACCCUUCAAGUAAUGUCAAAGUAUUGAUUAAAGAGAGGGGCUACAAAUGUCAAAACCUUGAAAGAGUAAUUCACAGGACUACCAAGCGUGUUCCUUCAAUUAAAAGACUCCAUAAAUAUGACACAUUUGGAAAGAGUUUGAAGCAUACUUUAAACUUACAUAAUCAUAACAGAAGCACUGCCACAAAUAGCCUUGAGAUGGUAUUUAGAAAUGGUAACAAUUUCGCCAACUGCUCUUGCUCUACUAAGAAUGAGAAUACUAACACAAGAGCGAAUUCCAAGGAACAUAAUCAGUGUGGAGAACAUCUCAAUCACAAACAAACUCUCCUCGACCAUCAGAAAAUUCCUACUGGGGAGAAACUUCAUGUAUGUAGUAAAUGUGUAAAGGGCUUCAGCCAGAAGUCACAUCUCUUUGAACAACAGAAAAUUCAUGCUGGAGAAAAAUUCCAUGGAUGCAACAAAAGUGAGAAAGUGUUCACUCAGAAGCCACAAAUUGAUAGACAUCAGAGAGGACAGGAUCAGACAGGAGAGAAACCCUAUUUAUGUACUCAGUGUGGGAAGGCCUUUACCUUCAAGUCAAACCUCAUUACGCACCAGAAAAUUCAUACGGGGCAGAAGCCCUAUAAGUGCAGUGAAUGUGGGAAAGCCUUUUUCCAGAAAUCAGAUCUCUUUAGACAUCUGAGAAUUCAUACAGGAGAAAAACCUUAUGAAUGUAGUGAGUGUGGAAAAGGCUUCUCUCAGAAUUCAGACCUCAGUAUACAUCAGAAAACUCAUACCGGAGAGAAACACUAUGAAUGCGGCGAAUGUGGAAAAGCCUUCACAAGAAAAUCUGCCCUCAGGAUGCAUCAGAGAAUUCACACAGGAGAGAAACCUUAUGUUUGUGCUGAAUGUGGGAAGGCCUUCAUCCAGAAAUCACACUUCAAUACACAUCAGCGAAUUCACACUGGAGAGAAACCUUAUGAAUGCAGCGACUGUGGGAAAUCCUUCACUAAGAAGUCACAGCUCCAUGUGCAUCAGCGAAUUCACACAGGAGAGAAGCCCUACAUAUGUACAGAGUGUGGAAAGGUCUUCACUCAUAGAACAAAUCUCACCACACAUCAGAAGACUCACACUGGGGAGAAGCCUUAUAUGUGUGCUGAAUGUGGGAAGGCUUUUACUGAUCAGUCUAAUCUCAUCAAACACCAAAAAACUCAUACUGGAGAGAAACCCUAUAAGUGCAAUGGCUGUGGGAAAGCUUUCAUAUGGAAGUCACGCCUCAAAAUCCAUCAGAAAUCUCAUAUCGGAGAGAGACACUAUGUAUGUAAGGAAUGUGGAAAAGCCUUUAUCCAGAAAUCAACACUAAGAGUGCAUCAGAGAAUCCACACAGGGGAGAAACCCUACGUUUGUCCUGAAUGUGGGAAGGCCUUCAUCCAGAAAUCACAUUUCAUUGCACAUCAUAGAAUUCACACGGGAGAGAAGCCUUAUGAGUGUGGUGACUGUGGAAAAUGCUUCACUAAGAAGUCACAGCUCCGGGUGCAUCAGAAAAUUCACACAGGCGAGAAACCCAAUAUAUGUGCUGAAUGUGGAAAGGCCUUCACUGAUCGGUCAAAUCUCAUAACGCACCAGAAAAUUCAUACAAGGGAGAAACCCUAUAAAUGCAGUGACUGUGGAAAAACCUUCACCUGGAAGUCACGCCUUAAUAUACAUCAGAAAUCUCAUACUGGAGAGAGACACUAUGAAUGCAGUAAGUGUGGAAAAGCAUUUAUCCAGAAAGCAACACUCAGCAUGCAUCAGAUAAUUCAUACAGGAAAGAAACCUUAUGCUUGUGCAGAAUGUCAGAGGGCCUUCACUGACAGAUCGAAUCUCAUUAAACACCAGAAAACUCACAGUGGAGAAAAAUGCUACAAAGCCAGUGACUGAAGGCUGUUUCAGGACUGGAAAAUCACAACUGGGUGUGCAUCAAUCAGGUAGAUCUUAGUGGCAAAGAGGAAUGCCUGAUGCUACACUCACUGUGCAGGGGGAAGUAGCCUUGAGAGGCAGUGGCCUGAGUGAGCAGAAGACAAAGCCAAAUAGCCUUCAGUCAACUAGAAUUAAAAGUUCCAGGGACUGGGCUUUGACUCAGUGGUCGAGUGCUUGCCUAGCAUGUGUGAGGCACUGGGUUUGAUUCUCAGCACUAUAUAUAAAUAAAUGAAUAAAAUAAAGGUCCAUCAACAUCUUUAAAAAAAUUAAAAUAAAAGUUCCAGCAUCACCACAAUCGACGGACACUUAAAUGCAUGGGGAGACCAUGUAGACGGAGCAUCUGAGCAUUAGUUAUGUUUGGUUACAUGAUUGAUAAAGGGGCUGUCAACUCCUGGAAAUGUUAGGAAUAAAGACAUGAGAUGACUCAUCAUCUCUUAUGUUCCAUUUUUUGGAUGAAGGACUUAAUAAAUUUGAGCACUCAUUAGUUCUUUGUACUGUGGGACAUGAAAGUACUCAAUAUUGGCCCAAAUUGUUUCACAUUUCUAGGGUGAGAAGUUUUUCAUUGUCCAAAUACUUGAAAGGCCCUGAAGUUAGGGUCAAAAAUUUAUUUGAAAAUGCAGAUCUGUGAGUAGAAUCAGAAGAGUUUGUGAUCAUUGAUAAUUAACACACAAAAAAGAUUCCCAUGAAGAACUGUUCUUUCUAAGUGAAAGAGAAUUUUUAAACUUAAAUUUUGAUCUUAAAAACUGGAAAAUUAGGCACAGCUUCAGCUUGUGUUACAGGAAUAUAGUCAUUAAAGUUUACAGACAUCUAAAGAUGACAAUUGUUCCCUUAUUAAUCCUCUUCUUUGGCCGCAGGGGAAUCAUACCCUGCAUGCUUUCUAACCUGUUCCCCCAAAGCUAUCUACAUAAGCCACAGGGCAGACUCCUUAUCCUCUUAUUAACUAACUGACCCCAAGACAAUGGAACUGACCACAGCAUCAUGGAUUAUCAGCCUCACUCAUGGAUGUCCCUACCUUCCUUGGAAUUCCUUUUUGAAAAAGAAUGGUUGAGAAUCCGGAUUUCAAUAGAUAAAAUUGUGUUUUCCUUCCAGUUUGGUUAAUAUAUGUUCAUUUCCUACAUUAAGGGUGGUUUUGUGUAAAUUUCUGUGAGAUAAAGUCACAUUGCAUUGCAAUUGGUUAUUCCAAGAUACAGUUUAUUAUGGUCGAAUAACUGGAAGAUUUCUCUAAAGAGAGCACUCUUUUUUAAACUGGGGAUUGAAAACUGAACUCAGGUGCUUAACCACUGAGUUACAUCCUGGCCUUUUUAAAAAUUUUUUUAAUUCUGAGACAGGACUUGCUAACUUGCUGAGGAUGGCCUUGAACUCACAAUUCUCCUUCCUCAGCCUCCCAACUGCUGGGAUUACAGAUGUGUGGCACUAUGCCCCAGCAAGUGCUGCUUUUUUUAUGUUGAGACUGUCCCACUUUCCCUUAAACAUUUUUUACAAUACUCAUAAGAAAAAAGACUUUCUUCCUAGCACACUAUUUUAUUUUUAAAAUAUUUUUAUUAAAGUAUAAUGCAUACAGAAAAUGCACUUACACGCUCAGUGAAUUCUGACAAAUGGAACAUACUCAGAUCAAGAAACAACAUGACCAGCACUCAAGAAACUCUUCGUGUGCUCCCUUCCAGGAUCCCCACACAUACCAAGAGUAAACACUAUCCUGACUUUUAGCAGCAUGGAUUCAUUUCACCUGUUUUGUAUUUUUUGUAAAUUGAUAUUUCACAUGAGUGAUAGAUUGUUUGGUGUCUGUCUCUUAUCAUUAACAUUAUGAAUGUGAGAUUUAUUCAUAUUGUUGCAUAUAGUAGUAAAUAACUCAUUCUCAUUGUCAUGUUGUAUUCUAUUGUGUGAACAGAAUGUCCACUGUUGGUAGACAUUUUGGUUAUUUUCAGCUUGAGGCUCUUAGGAACACUACUGCUAUCUAUUGGUGAACAUAUGUAGGCACUUCUUUUAGGUAUUC